AUGGGUUCGCCUUUUCAUUCAAGAUCCAUCUCUUCAAUGGCUUUUCUUUGGGCAACUUUCUUGUUUCUAACUCUCUCAACAUCUUCGGUCGUCAAUGCAGAUGACACACCAACUGUAUACGAAGUUCUCCAAGAAUACGACUUUCCAAUCGGUCUCCUUCCCAAAGGAGUAACGAGCUACGAGUUUGACAACUCCACAGGUAAGUUCACAGUCCAUCUUAAUAGCACUUGCUCCUUCAAAGUCGAUUCAUAUGAGCUCAAGUACAAGACUACUAUUAAGGGUGUGCUAGCCAAAGACAAGCUCUCAAAAUUGAGUGGGAUCCAAGUUAAGGUGCUCAUUUUGUGGCUUAGUAUUACUGAAGUGAUCCGUGAUGAUGAUGAGCUCGAGUUUUCUGUGGGGAUUGCUUCCGCUAAUUUUGCUGUGAGUAAUUUUGAUGAGUGCCCCUCUUGUGGAUGUGGCUUUGAUUGUAAAGAUGUCAACUUGAGGAAAAUUAGGCCCAACAAUCCAUUUUCUUCUUUUUAG